AGCACCAAUAAUGGUAGUAAACAUAACCUAGACAGUAAAGCGGUAAAUUGAAUAAUUUCAGUUAAAUCAAAUUCGUGUAUUUGCGAAUACUUUCUUUUUUACUCUUUCGAGAAAUAUUCAUCAGUAAAAGCAAAGCUGAACAUGUCCGAUUUUUCGGACCUUCUUCACGAAGCUGAAAAGCUCACUAACCAACUAGAAGGAACGAUUGAGCUUCCCAAAGUCGAACGCUCGCUCAAACAGGUGCUGGAAGCUUCAAAUGACUUGUAUGGCAGAGUAGCCCAAAGCGGGGCAAAGGACAUCCAGGCCAAUCUAUUAUUGGGUUCUAAAGGAGUCGACUUGCCGAAAAUCGCCCAGAAGUUGGAGUCUAUCAGCACGAAACACACCUUCGAACCCAUUCAGCCUGUGGAAGACUUGGAUAUUGAAACUAUUUUACAAAAUGAAAUAAGGAAUAAAAUCCUGGCCGCUUUCGAUUCCUGUUACAACACCAUGCAGGAUUUCACUUACAAUACAGCCUGGGAGCACCAGAAUGCAGAGUGGAAGCAGCAAAAACAUAAGAUAGGUUGUGCGAUCCGUUCCAGCGCUUUAGAUAUAUUAGACAGCCCCAGACCACGCUGCUUAGCUGCAGUUCGUACGGGAAUUGCUCUAGGGAACCUAAGCCCCAUCGAAACAAUUUAUGUUUCGAAAAUCAUCGAGUAUAAUACUACGGUAAAUAAAGGUGUUCAAAAACCAAACCUAGUGAACAUAUUCACAGGAAUAUCCAACGAAUUCAAAGACUCUAAAAUAUCAGAUAUGUGGGAAAUAAUAAAGUAUAUGGUACAACUACCCCCAUUUCCACAAGGCGACGACCCCAUCAAAAUAAGAAAGAGCAAAACCGUUAUUGCCGGUCUAGUGAAACAAGGGUUACGCUACCUUGAAGACAGAUACAAAACCUUCAUGAACAACAUUAUCAACGAGAACUUGGUGCAAGCUGCACGUGGAGGUAUUCCUGGUACAUAUCACUUAGUGCGUAGCUUUGUGGGGCUGCGACUGCAGGGGGAGUAUUUGGGGCUGCAAAAUGGGCUCAUAGAUGACCGUCCCCUCUGGCCAAUGGUGUAUUACUGUUUAAGAUCUGGAGACAUUCAAGCAGCUAUAUUUUGUUUGAGAAAAAGCGGCCUGCAAGAGUUUCCAGAAAUAAUUGCCAUAUUAGAAGCAAAACUGAAAAACUCUCCUCGUCCUGAAAUGGUCAAGUUGGAAGACAAUAUAAAGAUUUCCUAUAGACAUUCUGUUAGAAACGAUACAGAUCCCUUCAAGCGCAUCAUUUGGUCUGUGUUGGGUUGCUGUGACAUUUCUGACGAGCACUCCGAAGUUGCUCGUACUGCUGAUGAUUACUUAUGGCUGAAACUCAGUCUUGUGAGGGUUGAUUCUAACAAAGACGAUUACGUCAAGUACGAAGAUCUGCAGCUGUUGAUUUCAGAGGAAUAUGGAGAGAUACACUACGAUGCUGUCAAUCAACCACACCUGUAUUUCCAAGUUUUAGCUCUGACAGGGCAAUUUGAAGAAGCUUUUGCUUUUCUCUCCCGCACCGAUAAAUUCCGUCCUCAUUCAGUUCAUAUGGCAAUUGCUUUGAACGAGUUGUAUAUGCUUGCCUUGCCGAAAGAUUCAAAUUCUCUACUCAUAACUAAUGACCCUAUGCAUGACAAACCAGCUGCUUGUCUGAAUUUAGUUCGUCUCAUCAUGAUGUAUGUCAAAAAGUUUGAACUGACGUCUCUCAAUGAAGCCCUCAACUACUUUUACUUCCUUCGAUACUAUAACGAUUCAGAAGGACACAACUUGUUCAAGAUUUCUACCGUUUACUUAGCCAUAGAGACGAAGCAGUACGAGACAAUAUUAGGCAAGGUACAGCGUAACGGAAUCAGAACAAAGGGACUGAUCGAUCAGUUCACUGGGGCUAAUAUUACUGCUGAAAGUAUAGCGCAACUGAUAGGGGAACGGUUGGUCAAGAAGGGGCUGUAUGAAGAGGCGAUAGAGGUAUUCAAUAUAGCAAAUAACCAAGAGGAAGUAAUCAAAAUAGUAUGCAGUAUUCUGUCGCAGGUUGCUCAUAUGGAAAGCGAGCCAGAUUCAUUGAGAAACAAAAUGCACGAGAAAGCUGUAGAAUUCGCAGAACGCUUUUCUAGAGAGGGUUACAAAACAACUCCCAGUAUAGUCAACAGUUUUCUCAAACUUAAAGACCUGGUGUUUUUCUUCAAUCAAUAUCACGCCAAGCAAUACAAUCAAGCUUUUAAAACUCUCAGUGGCUUGGAGCUUAUUCCUCUUAGGUCUGAAGAUAUCGAUGACAGAGUAAAGAAUUUCAAAACCAUACAAUCUGAUGUUUGCAAGGUUUUCCCAGAUGUUCUCCUAGCUUCGAUGAACAUGAUUUUUUCACAGUAUCAGAAAAUCAAGGCAAACAAUGAAUAUAUUCCGAGGUUCCAGGACGAAUCCACUGGAAAGCAGUUGAGUCGUUUGAGGGAGCAGGCCAAAUGCCUCACUGAUUUUACAGGGAUGUUGCCUUAUAGAAUGCCGGGAGAUACAAAUAGCAGAUUGGUUCAAAUGGAGAUACUUAUGCAUUAGUUUUUAUAAGAUAUUUUGUAUUGUUUUUAUAGGGUUUCAACAGAGCAAUCAUUCUCUCUGUUGUUUUUUAUGCGAAUAAACCCUUUAUUUUUCA